GUGUGUGCAGCGGCGCGUUUGUCAGUGAGCCGCCCAAUAAGACGGUGAGCCGCACGGACGGACAGACAGCCAGCUGGCAAGAAGUAGGUAAGCAAGUGCUGCUAGCCGCUGGUUGGCGCGGCCCAGCAGUCGCUCAAUAACUUCAGUCGGUUCAGUUGGACGGCCCAAGCCGCAAUCGUAAAACGCAAUCGAAUUAAUCGAGUUCAGGCGCAUCGAAACGAAAUUAGCGCCGCUAAGAAUACUGCGAAUUCUGCGAGAAAAUAGUGAAGCAUAACGAAAGAAAACGCAAAUCGGAAAGUUCUAAGUGAAAGUGUAGUGCGCUUAAUUUAAGGUUUAUAAAGUUUAUCACUGAAAUAUCAUCAAAAUCAAGUGAAUAUCAUAUACUGUGGAGAGCUCCUGCGGAGCCAGUAAGUGUUAUUGCAGUUCAGUGUUUGCCGCCAGCCCUGACAGUGUUGUCCCUGGGCGCAUUGCUUUUAAUGCCGUUUUGUUUGUACCUGCGCGUGCAUUUCUUUUCCUCUCCGCCGUGUGUUUCAAUUCGCAUUCUCCGCUCGUCCCAUUUUCGCAUGUAAUGGGACUUUCGUGUCCACUGCACAUUCAAUCCAUCAACUCUCCCGUCCACCUGUUAGUCGUGUGUGUCACUUGUGUGCGCCUCAAUGUUUACCUGCCGUCAGGGCCGCUUUAAUGGCGGUGUUUUAUUUCAUCGACUUUUUGUGUUGAUUUCAACAGUUUGCAGUCGUUUGGUCAUGGCUCUGAGGCGUAUGGACUCAUUCAAACGAUUUAUGGAUCGGAUACGGGAUUGGGCGAAUCCACAGCCCAGUAACAACAAUGUCAACAACACAAGUAACAAUGAAAAUAACGGUCAAAGUGGCAAUAGUACAAGUAGGCCACCUGAGGGUGAAGAGCAUAGCGUUGCAAUAUUAACAACAACAACAAACGCUGCAAAUAAUUGCAAGAACAAUUGCAACAAUAUAAACGGCAACUCCGAAGAACACUUGGCGGAGGUGCUGGUUAUGCCGGUGAAUGACACAAAAUCGAUACCAGCAAAAACAACAACAACAGUAACGAUUACAGAAGCAGCAACCACUAAAUGUUGCACCAACACAGCUGAUGAGAGCCAUGAAGCCGGCCUUAACAGCUGGAUCUGUGGCAAUGUGGCAAAUGCGGCAACAACAGCAGCAAAUGAGACCAACAUAAUGGCCGGGGUACGAAGCACGGGUUCCACUGCACCAAUUGCGCAAGAGGAAGACGACGCCGAGGAGAUUUGGUAUUCCGGGGAGGAGGAUGGUGGUCGCUAUGUGGAGUUGGCGGAGAAACAACGGAAAAAUUGCUUCUGUUUGGUCAAUGGCAACGAACGGUGUUGCCAAGUCGAUAUCGAUUUGAAUAUUAAUGCAAUUGCAGCAACUACAACAACGGCGAUGACAACAGAGAAGCCGGUGCAGCGCAGCAAAUCGCGCGUGCGCACAUAUUUGAAGCGGUGCAGAGAUCGGCUGACGGGUCAGCAUCAACAGGCGGUCACAAAUGCAACGAAUUCCACAGCRGCAACAACAACCGCCACCAAAUUGUAUGUGCGAGAUGAAAAGUGCCAAGAAUCGAUUGGCGCUGAGGUGUCGGAUGCAGCGCACAGCCGCAGCACCCAGCAAUUCACCGCUCUCGAAGAAAAGAAGGAGGAAGAGGCGGAGGCGGAGGCAGAGCCAGAGGGGGUGUAUGAGGAAGUUGAGAAUAAGGCGUGCACCACUACAUUAAUUGCCACAAGUGAGCGACAGGGCGACGCAGCAACGCACACAGAAAGCACGACAGGAGAGGAGGCGUCGCUGGGGCUAGAAGAAGAAGCGCACUUAACAAGCGAACAAUCGGUGUUGGCUUACGAUGAUAUUGACUUUAGUUUGCCGUCAUCGUCAGUGUUGAUGGACAGCGGCAGUUCGAAUGUCAGUGCUGACCAACAACAACAACAGCAGCAAACAACACCGUUGACCUUUGCCGAGCAUAAGCGCGACACCCUCGCUUUGGCGGCCACUGAAGUUGAAGUCGAAGUUGAUGACUCGCCUGAUUUAACUGUCGAACAAGAGACAAGACGGAUGCAACAACAAUGCCAGCAACUACAACAAACACAGAGCUUACAAGCUGGCAAGCUGAAGAGCUUAACCGUUGCCGCUGAUGUAGCCAGAGUAAAAUUGCUCCAACAACAACAACCGUCGCUCAUGAGUAUCAGCAGCAGCUGUCCACCACUUGUCAAGGAGGAGCAAUUGGCUUGCGCUAUACACAUGGACGCGGGCAUCGCUGCGCUGAUUGACAAACACCUCGCCGCCAUUUAUCCUGUCUAUACGGCGUGCACACGCUCCAUUCUAAUUCGCCAAGCACGCGAUUUGCUCGUGUGCUCCUACCUCGGCUGCCUGCAGUCGUUCGAAAUGGGAUUUCUAUGCAAAUUUGCCGAAAUUGCUGCUGAGCUGCGGCAACGGCAUGCCGUCGGUGUGAAUGUCCUUUGGCGUAAAGGAUGGCCACUUACAACUCCAACAGGCGAAGUUAUUCUACAAUUGGGGGCCCUUGAUGACGCCUUAGUACGUCCAGGCGAUUUAUAUUUGUGCAUUAAAAGUGUUGGUAAAACGGAAACGCCACAAUUGCAUGUGGUUUGGCGGAACGCCUCAAACGGCUUACAAAUACAACAACAACAACAAAUACAACAGGCACACGCAAGUGUAACGGCCACAUUUGCUAUCUGCGACACAGCAACAGCAGCACCAACAACAAUUCAAAGUCAUUACAUCGAUUUCAACGCAACAACAACAACAACUGCAACAGCAGUAGCAACCACCCCACCAACACAUUUAAGCGCAUUAACACUCGAAAUGUUGACGAGUGACGAAUUGCCGCAAUUGUUGCAACACUUGCUGGUGGGCGUUGAGCACAGCAUCGAGCGGGUCUCGUUGAAUGAGCUGCAAAUGCCCGCCUCGACGGCAGCAGCAACGGCAACAGUGCCGCUGGCAUCGGACGAGGCCAACAACAACAGUAGCAUCAGUGGCGGCGGCGGCGCCACCAACAGCAGCUUAAUGCGCUGCAGCAACAACACUACAAUAACAAAUUCACCGAAAUGCGCAUUGCGACGCAGUGAAUUGAUCACCAAAAACAAAGUCCUCAACAACAAAUUCAUGUUGCGACGCCUGACCAAUCGGCAGGACAGCAUGAAUUCCACGUCGUCGGGACAGAGUUGCGGCAGUAGCGGAAGCACCUCCAGCGAUGAGCUAUUGCGUUGCAACGUCAGCCAUCACAACAGCUAUAACAACAACAACAACACUAAUAACAAUAAUAAUAAUAUCAGCUCGCCGUGUGGCAAUGSCAACACAUCGGAUCCGUUGAAAAUGUCCGCGGGCGCCACAAAUUCGGCGAGCACCUCACCGGCGUUGCCACUCUUCUGUUUAGGCAAUUCAUUUCCGCACAUCGAUAGUGACGAGGAGAAUGUUGAUGAGAAGCGCAGCGCGCAUGGAGAGGAUCAAUUUGAGUGUGAAAUCGUGCCACCUGCUUCAAUCAGCGAAAUCCCCGAGAAACUCUUAACCACUUCGGGUAUUUAUCUGCCAGGCACCACCGAUUUGAAAGGCCAUCCGAUUGUCACUGUCGAUGCGGAAUGCGUACUGGCAGCCGGUCUGAAUUGCUACGAAAUAGCAACGGUGCUACUCUACUACAGUACGAUACCUGAGAGAACUUCAACUGCGAAUGCUAAUGACCGUGCCACCACGCAGCAGCCGCAACCUUCAAUGCAACAACAGCAAACUCAACACAGCCACCAACAGUCGCCGGCAGAACCGGCGUUCGUCAACCGUCCGUCGACACCGAAAAUGGCCAGCGCAGCGACGGCAGCGACGUCGACAUUUGGCAACUCCGCAAGUGUGUCAGUCACCUCAAAUGUCACAACAGCCACCGUCACCGCCGCUAAAUCACCCGCCCAUGCGACUGCUGACAGCAACAACGCCAUCAACAGCAGCGACAGCAACUACAGCGGCAGCAGUGGCAGCCACGGUGCUGCAACACCAACGUUCACCAUUCUAAUUGCCAUCGAAAAGUCGGGCCAAAUGUGCGUAAUCGACUUAAUUUGCCAAAGUCUGCGUCUACUGACAAGGCAAAUUGCGUAUUGCGAAAUUCUUGCCGUUUGCCUCGAACACAAGUUAUUGCUGGAACAGCAACAACAACAGCAACAGCACUCAGCAUUUGGCAAUAACGCGGCUGUCAGCAGUUGCGCUAAUGGCGAGAAUAACGAAAGUUGCAAUAAGGAGCAGCAACAGCAAGCACCAGCGACACCGCAAAUACAACAUUCGUUGAAAUUCAUUAGCGUCAAUGAAGUCACGACAAGUGUUGCACCAUCGCAAAUACCGUACGGCAAAUUGCAAGGUUUGCAUCAUCACGACGCGCGGAAAUGGCGCGAAUUCUUCGUCGCACUGGAACCCUUUCAACUGCAAUGCGCCACGGCGGGCCAGCGGCUAGUGGCCGCCAUGAGUGACAUACGCUCCGCCGACCUACAGGGUUUACCCACACGUCGCCAAUUGUACGCGCAACAUCGCGCGCUAAGUCGCGCGCUUAUGGAUUCUGAAUUACAUAAUUUGCGCAAGCGCGGCGCUUUACAGUUAGCGCGUCUGCAGCAGCUGGCCAAAUCGUUUGCGCUCGUUGCAGCGACGGCGACUGACGUUGGCGAAAAUAGCCAUAAUCAUAAUGCCAACAUCGGCGUGGCAAGCAGUAGCAACAACAACAAUAAUGGGCGCUAUUGCUAUGGCAGCAGCAGUGGUGCCGGUGGUGUAGGCCACAACAAUCGCCGCAUCAGCAGCAGCAACAAACUAUUGUCCACCAUUUCAUCCAUCAACCACCUCGGUUUUGGUGGCAGUUAUAGCUUUAGCAUGACACAUCAACAACAGCAACAACAGUCGUCACAAAGUCGCCCCGCUGCGUCAAAGUACAGCACAAUGACGUCAUGCGAUGCCAUCAGCCGGCCAACAGUAGCGGCCAACGCGACGGUAGCUAAUAAUGCUGUUGCGCCAGAUAACUGUAGUGCAACGGGCAACGUGGAUGUUGCAAUUAGGCUGCACAAAGUGACACUACUAUUCAAUGAGGUCGAUCGCGCGGCCAAGCGGCUAGAGCAGCUCACGGAGCAGCGUCGUGAGCGUUUGCGUGAAUUGACGCGUCAGCGAGCGCUCGAGGAUGAAAUUAACGAGGUAACAUCUUGGAUCACCAGUGACGGCAAUGAUACGCUGCAACGGUUCGGCAGUCUUCAGUUGGAUUCUGAAUCCGCCAUUAAAGAGCAGGAGCAAGAGUUCGAAAAAUAUUAUUUCAUUUCGAUGAAACACUUGGCCAAGGGCCGCGAUCUGCAUGAUGCCGCAGUCAACAUUGAACCGCUGCGCGAGAGCGCCGUCAACCUGAAGUCCGCGCUCGAUUGCUUCGCUGAAAAACUUGAGUUGGCGCGAGAACGCAUAGAAGCAGCAACCAGACUAUAUCAACUACUGCUGACACACCAGCUCGAGGCCCACUUGCUACAGGAGGCGCAACGGCUGGCCCAAAUUUCAGGCGCCACUCAAUUGCUUGAGAAAUUCCGUCAGGAACAGCGAGAAAACAGUAACGAUGAGCCGACGACAGACCAAACGGAAAUCACAGAAAUAACCAACAACAAUAAGAACAAUAAACCAAAUAGUCUUAACCUCACGCUCAACUAUCGCAGCAAUAGCACCACCAACAGCUUAACCAAACAACAACAAUUGCAGCAACAACUGCAACAUGUCGCCGUUAUAACGAGUACACCGCUGCCGCGCAUGAAUCGCCUUAGUCAUCGCUCCAGUUCGGGAAUCGGUUCAUUUGACGGUCAAACAUGUCAGUGUUGGCGUGAGAGUCGCAAUAUGGAGGAUAUGGAUGAAAUGCUGGAUGCAGACGGUGAGGAACUCGAAAUGGAGGAUGGCGAGGAGGAGCAAUCAAAGGUUGCCGAUUCCGGUGUGGGCGGCUGUGAGCGCUGCGAAGGAAAUCUGAAGUUAACGCGCGUCUGCUCGUGCCAGAGCCUCAACGAAGCGGUCAAUUUGUACAGCAAGAGCGAUGAGCUUGAUUUCGAGUGCUAUGAGCGCCCCAUCAAACAUUAUAAUGACAUACACUCGCCCAUGGAGGCGAAUGCGCAUCUGCAGUACCACGCCUCAAGUUUGGAAUUGUCAAAAUUGGAUGAAAUCAGUUGCUUGGAUCCGAAAAUACAAAAAACGCUUCUAUUGAUCAUGCGUGAAAUGAUUGGCACGGAACGCGACUAUGUACACUCGUUGAAUUAUGUCAUUGAAAACUAUGUUGACGAGUUGUUGCGCGAAGACAUACCGCAGCCGUUACGCGGCCAACGUAAUGUCAUUUUCGGCAACAUUGAGAAGAUCUUCGAAUUCCACAAAUGGCAUUUUCUCAAUGAACUGGAACGUUAUGAGCGCAAUCCGUUGAAGGUUGGCAGCGCCUUCUUGGAAAUGGAGUCUAAAUUCUAUUUGUAUGCGCUUUACAACAAGAACAAACCGAAAAGUGAUACGCUAAUGAGUGAAUACGGCACGGCAUUCUUUAAGUCCAAACAGUUCGAAUUGAAUGACAAGAUGGACUUGGCCUCGUAUUUACUGAAGCCCGUACAGCGUAUGGGAAAAUAUGCCUUACUAUUGCAACAAUUGGUCAAAGCUUGCAAUUCCGUUGAGGGUGCCGCACUACAAGAGAUCGCCGCCGAUGUGGAAGAACUGCACCGCGCUGAAGAAAUGGUUAAAUUUCAACUGCGUCAUGGCAAUGACCUGCUGGCUAUGGAUUCGCUGCGGGACUGCGAUGUCAAUGUGAAGGAACAAGGGCGUCUGUUGCGACAAAAUGAAUUUCUGGUUUGGCAAGGACGUACCGGCAGAAAGUCACUGCGACAAGUCUUUCUCUUCGAAGAUCUGGUGCUGUUCAGUAAGGCGCGCCGUUUUCCAGAUCAAAAGAACUUGGACAUUUAUAUCUAUAAGAACAGCAUUAAGACGUCGGAUAUCGGAUUAACUGCGCAUGUGGGCGAUUCGAAAACGAAAUUUGAGAUUUGGUUCCGUAAGCGUAAACCGGAAGAUACAUGGACGUUGCAGUGCAUGUCGGAGGACAUAAAGAAUGCUUGGGCCGACGAAAUAUCGAAAUUACUAUGGAAACAAGCGAAUCGAAAUCGAGAAAUUCGCUUAGCCGAAAUGUCUUCGAUGGGAAUCGGGAGCAAGCCAUGUCUCGACAUACGCCCCAGCAACAAUCAAAUCAACGAUCGCUCCAUAACAAUAUCACAGCUCGGCAAAGCGCCUAAACUGCGUCACUCCUUCGCCGGCAUGCAAUUGGAUGUCAAGAAGGAUGCACGUCGGCCCAGUUCCUUCAUCUCCGAGAGUUCACUGUCGAGCGGCACCAGCAGUUCCUCACUCAGCACGGGUAGCUCGUCGGGCCACGAGCGCGUGGUUGGUAACGCCUGCAACAGCAAAACAUCGCCGGGCGCUGUCAGCAGCCAUCAUGCACUGGAGCUAAUCAACGAGACGCAAACUCUCACGCUGAGCGGUGUUGGCGGUGCAACGGCGGCGAAUGCGUCCGCCAGCAGCACGAACACAAAUACGCUGAGUAGCAGUGGCAGCAGCGGUCACAGCGGUCGCAGCGGCAGCGGAAAGAGUGGCGUCGGAAAUGGCAGCUCGGCGCGCGCCAAACGCUCAACCACGCUUGUCAGUCAACUCUCCAUGGAAAAUCAAUCAUGUCUCCAUCAUGCAGAAAGCGGCAUACUGUCCGACAUCUCAAUGACGCCCGAUCACGAGCCAACGGAUGUCACAACCAGCUGGUUGAAUGCUACAACAAAAUCAUCGCCGAACGCCAGCAGCACCGCGGCCAACGUCGGCGACAGCACCGUGAUUUUCCGCCGCCAUCGCUUCCAUCUGCUGAAACACCAUCACCACCACAAGGAACUCAACCAGCAGCAACAACAACAACAAUCAACACAAGCGGCCUUAACGGAACGCAUAAGCAUUGCCGACCAAUGCGAUCCGUAGUUGCGGGCGAGGCGAAACCUUCCGCGAAAUUUCGAAAAGCACGAAAGCUGAGAAAAAACGAGGUUAAAACAGCACAUAGUACCGAACCAUUACAAAAACAAAAAAAAAACUUAGCAAUAAUUUUAUAAUUAAUGGAAUUAGUGAAAUACGAUAAUUAAAUGCAAAGUGUUUUUAUGUGUACACACAACAACAAUAAAAUUAAAUUUCAGAAUACAUACAUAGAAACACAUACAAAUGGCGCUUACAUACAUACGUUGUACGUUAUCUCUUUUUUUUUUGUUGUUUUUGUUGUAUAUUUUUCGUUUUAAUUGGUUCAUAGUUUUAGUUCUAAGCCACAGCCAACUAAGUACGCGCCCCAAUUAUUGUUUCAAAAAUAAACAGAAAUACAUUUCAAGCAUUUUCAUUACAAAUAAAAGCAUAUUAUAAAAGGCAAAAAGUAAAAACAAAAUAAAAUAUUGUUAAAUAAUAUGUAUGUAGUUGUAAAUCUUUGAACCAGUGCUAUAUGCCUUUCGCUUUAAAUACUUAAAAUAUUAUAUACGAAAGCCACGAAACAGUUUUAAUAAGCCCCAACACAUGUAUAAUUAAUUUUUGCACACACACAUACUCACAAGUGUUAUAUGUAGUCCUGAAUUAUCUUGAAUUCUCUUUGGAAGUGUCAAUUUUUUAUUUGCAACAACAAGAAUUAUCGUGAAUAAUAAAAUUGGAAUUUACUACAUUUUGAAUUGUCUAAUAAAAUUACCAUAAGCUUUAAUAUUUAUGCAAAUGGCUUUGUACAAUGUAGACACAGUUGAAAUAAUCUAUGAUUUUUCGCAACAUUCAAUACUUUAAAGUUCGCUAGCAUAGUCACAUUUUCGUAUCACAAAGUAAGGUAUAUGUUUUACAGUAAUUAGUGCAUAUGUAUCUAUAUACGACAUCCUCAUUAUAAUGCGUGUACUGUUAUUUUUUUUUUAUCGAAUUGGAAAUUAUGUAAUCUGCGUAAUAAAUAUUUCAAUUGCUGUAAUCACUACUACACACAUUGCCGUGUGUAUAUACAUAUGUAUUUACCAGUAUAAGUUGCAUGUUCAGCAAAAAUAAAGAAAAUGUAAUAAAAAUUUUAAAUUAAAAAA